UUCACUAGUUUAAUUGUUUAAACAGAUUAUGGUAAUUCAUCCCACAAGAACUAAUUCUCUAUGUCUCCCCAUUGCGUUUCGCUGGGUUCAGUCAGUGUAAUAAUGACGCCACGCGCCGCCAGUAGAAAACAUGGCGACGAAGGGACUCCGUCAACGCAACAGACGGGGAAGCAAACAAGAUGCCAAUAACGUAAACAACACACCUAGCACAGACAUCCGAGCGACAAAAGACGACAAAUGUACCGAGGAUAAUAAGCCAAGUGACCAGCGAAAUGAGUCAUCCAGUAAGGCAGGACAGGUGUGGGCUCCUGAGGGCUCCACAGCCUUUAAGUGCCUGGUUUCAGCCCGCUUUUGUGCCGCGUUACUCAGUAACAUCUCUGACUGUGAUGAAACCUUUAAUUACUGGGAGCCAAUUCACUACCUGCUGUACGGAACAGGGAUGCAGACAUGGGAAUAUUCCCCAGCCUAUGCGAUUCGCUCCUACGCGUAUCUAUGGCUCCAUGCACUUCCUGCCUACUUCCAUGCCAAAAUACUACAAACCAACAAAGUCCUUGUGUUUUACUUCCUGCGAUGCAUGUUAGCAUUUACCUGUUGUGUGUGUGAGCUCUACUUUUACAAGGCUGUAUGUAAAAAGUUUGGCCUGCAUGUGGGGCGUCUCCUGCUAGCAUUCCUCGUCUUGAGUGCGGGAAUGUUCUGCUCCUCUGCAGCUUUCCUGCCCAGUACAUUUUGUAUGUACAGUACAGUGGUAGCUAUGACUGGCUGGUUCCAGGGGCGCCCCAGUCUGGCUGUACUGGGUAUUGCAGCGGGUGCCAUAGUGGGCUGGCCCUUUAGUGCUCUGCUGGGCAUACCCAUUGCCUUUGACCUCCUGUUGCUGAAGAGAAAGUGGAAGAGUUUUAUCUUGUGGACCCUGGUGGCGUUGGUGCUUUUUCUGGUUCCUGUUGUUGUGGUUGACAGCUAUUACUAUGGCAAGCUGGUGAUUGCUCCUCUGAAUAUAUUACUGUACAAUGUGUUCACCCCUCAUGGACCGGAUCUCUAUGGCACAGAGCCGUGGCAUUAUUACUUUGUAAAUGGUUUCCUGAAUUUCAACAUUGUAUUUGUGUUGGCCCUGUUUUCUCUUCCUCUCACUGCGCUUAUGGAGGCACUUCUGCAGAGAUUCAAUGUACAGAACCUCGGCCGGCCAUACUGGUUAACCCUGUCACCAAUGUACCUGUGGAUGCUGGUGUUUUUUACUCGGCCACAUAAAGAAGAGCGCUUUCUGUUUCCUAUCUAUCCUCUAAUAUGUUUGUGCGGGGCUGUGGCGCUCUCCUCACUUCAGAAGUGCUAUCACUUCAUAUUCCAGCGCUAUCGUCUGGAGCACUACACCAUCUCCUCCAACUGGCUGGCUCUCGGCUCUGUGCUGCUGUUUGGAGUGCUCUCACUGUCCCGUUCUGUGGCUCUCUUCAGAGGCUAUCACGCACCUCUGGAUUUGUAUCCGGAGUUUCACCGCAUUAUUAAAGACCCCACCAUCCACAUGGUUCCAGAGGGCAGACCGGUUAAUGUUUGCGUAGGGAAAGAGUGGUACCGCUUCCCCAGCAGUUUCCUGCUGCCCAACAACUGGCAUUUACAAUUUAUCCAGUCAGAGUUCAGAGGCCAGCUGCCAAAGCCGUAUGCCAGCGGUCCUGAUGCCACCUGGAUACUCCCAGCAGACAUGAACGAUCAAAACCUCGAGGAAACGUCACGAUAUGUUGACCUAAAACAGUGCCAUUAUUUGGUGGAUCUGGCCACAGACAUAGAAGCCCCUCGAGAACCAAAAUACGCCGCUAACAAAGAGGAGUGGAGCAUUAUUGUUGAAAAGCCUUUUCUAGACACUACCGGGUCCUCGAGAUUCUUCAGGGCCUUUUUUAUCCCUUUUCUGUCUGAGCAAUACACCACCUACAGCAGAUAUGUCAUCCUGAAACCACGGCGACCCAAAAACACCCGAAAAAGAACGCAACUGUGACGUCAUCGUCAUCAUCUCAUCUAGUGGUUUGUCAUUAAGACCUAAAUAUUCCUCCUCAUAAACUCAGUAUGUGCAUACAUGUGUAUGCUUUUUUGUGUGUGUGUGCAAGAAUGUACAUUUUGUUUUUUUGUAUGGAGCAAGUGUGGCAUUGAACAAUGCAUUGUCAAACUUUAUGUAGACAUCUCAGUACUGUUGCCCAUCCUGGACAGUGUCUGCACAGAGCAUGGAUGCCUUACCCAUUUAGUGACCCGAUCAUCUUUCUCCCAUUCCAUGCCUACCGUUUCCUUUCAUGACAUAGCUUCUUGCCAUCCUUCAAACAGAAGAAUACUUUCUAGAAAACCCUUUAAGGACAACAGUCCAUCAUUUGCCAUUACCUUCCAUUUAAAAUCUCACAUCUGAUCUGGGAUCUUCUGUACUCCAUGAAUGCAGGCCCAAACCAGAUCUCAUUUUGCAUCAUCAUCUGGUGUACAACAGUAGACAUGAACUUGUCCUGUUUGAGGAACUGGUCCAAGGCAGUUGCACCGUCUCAGGAUGAAAGAUGCACCAAAAAACCUUUCUGUGCUUUGUAAAAGUGAACAUUGUGAAGUCAAGUUGCACACGUGGAAGAUUAAGAGUUUACAUUUCAAAUCAUGUUUGUCAUAUUGAUCAUAUCAAUGUUAACUGUGAUUGAAUCAAAUAAAAAAAAUUGAUUUA